GGAAGUGUUGGCCCUGUGGGACUAAUUGGACCUUCUGGAAUUCCUGGCCCUAUGGGACUUUCCGGGAAUAAGGGACUACCUGGAAUCAAAGGUGAUAAGGGUGAACAAGGCAUUGCAGGAGAGCCAGGAGAACCAGGGUAUCCUGGAGACAAGGGUGCUGUUGGUUUGCCAGGACCACCAGGGAUGAGAGGAAAGCCAGGACCUUCAGGCCAACCAGGUGACCCAGGACUCCGUGGACCAUCUGGCCCUCCAGGACCAGAGGGUUUUCCAGGAGAUAUUGGGAUUCCUGGACAAAAUGGCCCCGAAGGACCAAAGGGACUACUUGGAAAUAGAGGGCCUCCUGGACCUCCUGGUCUCAAAGGAACUCAGGGAGAAGAAGGACCAAUUGGACCCUUUGGAGAACUGGGGCCAAGAGGAAAACUGGGUCAAAAGGGUUACCCAGGUGAACCAGGACCAGAAGGCAUAAAGGGAGAAGUUGGAGAUCAAGGAAAUAUUGGAAAAAUUGGGGAAACAGGACCUGUUGGUUUACCUGGAGAAGUUGGGAUUACUGGAAGUAUCGGAGAAAAGCUCAGUCAUGACUAA